GGGUUUUCCUUCUCCAUAAAUCCCAGCUAACCUUAAACAGGCCUCACGCAUUCAGCUCCACUUGCAGCGAAAUUGCGGAAGAAACGAUGAGGGCUUCGAUUUGCUUCCUCCUCGGCAAUUUUCUCGUUUUAGCCAUCGUGCUCCCUCCUGUGGCCGCCGAUGGGGCUUCAGUCGAGUACUGCGAUAAGAAGGCUGAUUAUGCUGUGAAGGUUAGCGGAGUGGAUAUUGAUCCUUACCCAGUUGCUCGAGGCAAGGAGGCUACGUUUAGCAUAUCGGCUAGCACUGGUAAGGGCAUAUCUAAUGGGAAACUAGUGGUCGAUGUCAAAUACUUCUUCUUUCAUGUUUAUCAGGAAACUCAUGACCUUUGUAAAGAGACAUCCUGCCCUGUGUCAUCUGGUGAUUUUGUGCUAUCCCAUCAGCAGACUUUGCCAGGAUACACUCCGCCAGGUUCUUACACACUCCAGAUGAAACUUCUUGGUGAAGAUAACAAAGAGUUGACAUGCAUUACCUUUGGUUUUAGCAUUGGCUUUAUCUCAUCUGUUGCUGAUAGCUGAAACCAGCCAGAAAGAGCAUGAAGCAUGAGCAAAGAUACAAUGUGAGAAUAUGUAAUAAGUACGUUUGAGGAUCCGUUUACCCUUUUGUUUAUGUCCUAGUUUGUGUGCUUGAACAUGUUGGUCAUUAAUACAUGAACACUUUCUAUAUGGCUUGGUGUAAAAAACUUAUGCUUGUAUGCUAUCCUUAAAAUGCUUGUAUUUCUUACAAUUAGUGCACUUUGAAACUUCGUUACAUAAAUGAAAAAUAUCUUGUCCAA